AUGGCGGAGUGGAGGGAGGCGGAGAAGAAGAAGGCAAGCUGGGCGGCGACGAGGGAGAACCAGAUAGCGAAGAAGGCGCCGGACUUGAGGCGGAGGGAGUCGAGGAGCGCGUCAAGUCUCUGGGUUGCUCUGCUUCCGGCCGACCGGGCCGAGUUCCAGUCUGCGGACUUCAACAGUCUUGUGGACGGGACCCAUUGCUCCGCAAUUCGGGAGGAGGCCGAGAGGAGACUCGGCGAGGUUGAGGUCUCGCGGAGGGAGCUUCUUGCGAGGGUGGAGGCCGCCGAAGACGAGCUCCGGGCAUUGACUGCGGAGCUUAAGGAGGAGAAGGGCGCACAUACUCUGGCUAGGUCGGAGGUGCGCGCCGUCGAGGCUCGUCUGGCCGAAGCUUACUCUACGAUCGCCGUCCUCCAGCACGAGGCGAGGGGCACCCAGCUGAAGGUUGAGCAGCUCGAGGCUCGGGAGAAGAGGGCCUUGGAGCAAGCCCAACAUGCGGUGCAACUCUUCCGGGAGUCGGAAGAGUUCCGCGAGCUGCUGGAGGAGGAAGCCGUGGAUGGACUUAUCCGCGGCUUCGAAGACUUUCGGAGGCAGCUGAGGCGGCUCUGCCCUGAGUUUAAUCUCAGUAUGCUCCAGCCCGGAGGGGGGAUCGAUGAGGACGAGGGCGGGCUCGAAGGCCCGGUUGAGGCUGAGGACGAAGCAGCCGAGGAGGCCGCUCGGGAGGCUUCUGCCGAGGGAGCUCCUGAAGGAGUGCCUGAUGCCGCCCCCGAAGCCGCUGGCGAUGUUCUGACCGAGACCUCUGUGACUGCGGCCGGGCAGGCAGAAGAACCCGGGGAGGCUCCAGCCGAGAAUCCCGAAGUGGUCAUCGUAGACGACCUCGAGGCCGGCGCCAAAGCUACGACUACUCCUUAG